AUGUGGAAAUAUACUAGAUCGUGCCGAUUGAACAGGAAAUAUUCCUCUUUUACUAAGUUGGGAAAAACAUUUGGAGAAAUAGAGAAGGAUGUGGCUUCUAACAAGACUGAAAGUGUCAUUGACAAAAUCAAGGAGAACACUCUAUAUAAAUCAUUUUUUCAAGACUACGAAAAAUUAAAAAAAGAUUCGGACAGUGGUGUUAGUAGGAUUACAUCCUUUGAAGAACAGAAAUCUUUCAAACAGGUUUUUGACUAUUUAUCAAAAGAAACAAAUAAAAUAGGAGUUGUCAAAUCGCUUGAAACGUUUGUCAAUUUUCAGUCUCCGGUUCAACAAAAGAGUGGUGGGUUAAGAAAGGAAAAUAAGGGACAAGCAUCUUUUUUUCAAUCCACUUCGGGGCCUAUCAAUCUAGAGAAACAGUACGAAGCCAGAAUGAAACAAAAUAAGGAAAUUAUAAAGGCAUUAACCCCCACAUUAUCAUAUAUUAACUCCAAUAUAAAUACAACUAUCGAUAUGAGCAACUUUGUCAAGACAAAGAUAAUCAGUGUCUUUGUGGACGAUAGUGGUUCAUCGAAGAGGCUUUCGAAAUCCUUGACAAAGAAAACCAGCCAGUCAACUAAAAAACAAAAAUAUGAUAUCAAACAAAUAACAGAACAGAGUUUAACCAGCCCAUCAAAUCCAUUAGUUGAUGUGCAAACCCUCCCGAUACUCUUAAAAUUUUGUCUUAAUUCCUUAACUUUUGAUUUUGACUCUAUCUCCACAUCGCUUGUGUUAAUUGAUUAUAUUAAAAAGCACCCCUCCAUUGAGCUCUAUGGCCAUGGAUUGAAUAUUGAUUGCUAUAAUGCUAUUUUAAUCCAGGUAUGGUCAAAAACUGAGAAUUUGACAAUGAUCACCUGUCUGUUAGAUGAAUUAAAAGUAAAUGCAGUUCAGCCGGAUUUGUAUACUUUUAAGAUCAUUGCCAAAAUUUACCUACAUUUUAUGAGGGUGAAGGAUGGACUUGCAAGUGAACCCUAUAUUCUUUGGAACAACUCCCAGGAUAUACACAAGUUAAGAGACUAUCUACGUGAUUUCAGACUUCUAUAG